AUGUCGGCGUCGUCUUCGAGCGGCGGUGGCAACCCGCCACAUGGCCAAAACCAGUCAACAGGAAAAACCAAAAAACUCAAUGCCAGACUACAUAAUACCGAUCAAGAUUGGUCCAUAGCGACCAACAAGAAAGCAUCUCAACGUAAUAAGGUACCAACACCAAAUAGUCCUAUAUCCCCCACGUUACAGCAAAUCUAUAACAAUCAACCUGUUCUAAAUAUGCCCAGCCAAACAUUUAAAUACGAUAACACCUUAUCUAAUUCUAUUAAUGAGUCGUCCGGCGAGCAUAUGAAUAUAGAUUCCUCUACAACCGAUCACGCAACUGCUUCCGUUACUGAUAACACUACAAAUACCGCCAUUAUCUCACGCACAAAUAUAACCGAUAAUCAUGCAAUUAUUAUCGACUCUACUUCGAUCGCAGACAAGUCGUCUACAUAUUCUAUCGAUAAUCAACCUACGUUUUCAAAUGAUAAUAUCAAAUCACCGUUACGUCUUUUUUCACAUGACUACGCUGGUCCUGUUAUUAUUCUAGUCGAAUGUGUUGACCCAAGUAAAAAUCUUGGUAAUUGGCAUCCUCUCAAGGCUGCAAAAUUUUUCUCCUCUAACUUCAAAGGCAUUACCAACAUUAAGCCCGCCAGCUUAAAUAAAAUCAAAAUAACGUUCAACUCCGUAGUUAAUGGCAACAUUUGUUUAAAUUCUAACAUUUUGAGCAAUAACGGUUUUACGGCUAUUAUUCCUUCUACGCUCAUAUAUUCAUUCGGAAUUAUCAAAUUAGAUAAUACAUUCUCUGAAGAUGACUUCCGUGAUGGUCUUCAGUCUUCUGUACCAGUAGAAGCGUUUAAACGCAUAUCAAUAAAAAAAGACGGUACCAUAAUUCAAACACGUAUUGUCGAACUCAAAUUUUUAGCUCCGAAAAUUCCAAGCCACAUCUCAAUAUAUAAUAUGCUCUACGACGUCCAACCCAGUAUAAGGUCUCCAGUUCAGUGCAAUCGUUGCCUCCGUUUUGGCCACUCUCAAAAAUUCUGCCGCAGCAAACCGAGAUGUAGUUGUUGCGGCAGCGAUGACCACUCCUUCGAUGCUUGCCCGUCAGCCCAUACUACGAACCCGAAUUGUAUUUUUUGUAAUCUUCCUCAUCUCACCACCGACCAUAGUUGCCGUGAAUGGUUAUUUCAAAAGGAAAUUAAGAAAAUCAUGGCAACCGAAAAUUUAUCAUAUCGCGAAGCUCUAGAUUUUAAGAAAAACAAAUUUCACACCUCCGCUUUUAAAUAUUUGGAUAUUGUAAAUAGUCAGUCUAUUUCAGCCGUAAAUACAUCUGUCCCGUCUUCCUUUACUAAUGAUGACUUUCCUAAUCUAAAUUCUAGUCAUCAUAUUUUUAACUCUAAAAAGAAAAAAAUCAAAUCACACCCCUCCUCCCACCAAAAACAUUUUUCUCUUCCUCACGAAUCUCUAUCACCUCUACCUGGUAGCUACCUUAAUACCUAUGAUCAAAAUUCGCAACCACUUGAACAAAGUCCUAACGAUUUUUCUUGGGUCCAUCCACUUUCUCUUAAAUUAUCCGAAUCCCUGAUUAACUCCCCUAGUUUACUAACUCCCUUCACCUCCACAACUCUUCAGAACUUAAUUGAAUCAUCGAUACAUUCUCUACUCUCUCUUCCUAAAUUUAACAUCACUCAAUAA